AAAAGACCCGCGCGGAAGCAGGUCGACUACAUCGCGUCGAAGAAUUCCGUCCUCGAGGGCGCGUACGAGUACAAUUUGUGGUGGGGCAAGUACAUCGGCGAGCACUGGGACAACGGCAAGAGCCGCGAGCCCGCGGAGACGCGCUGCGUGCUCGCCACGGACGCGGGCAGGACGAAGGCGGACAAGUCGCGGACGUCCGCGAGCUGCUCGUUCUGCCUCUUCUUCGCGCGGGGCUGCUGCGCGAACGGCGGCGACUGCCGCUUCUUCCACCGCAUCCCCGUCAAGGCGGACCUCGAGCGCUUCGCGUCCGACGAGAUGCGCGACGUCUUCGGCCGCGAGCGGCACAAGGACUUCCGCGACGACAUGACCGGGGUGGGCGCGCUCAUGAAGCCGUGCCGGACGCUCUACGUGGGCUCGCUGCUCAAGGCGGAGUACGCCGACCCCCUCGCUCUCGAGGAGGCGCUCUGGCGCAACUUUGGGGAGUGGGGCGAGGUCGAGAACAUCAACCUCAUCUCGCGGCUGUCCAUCGCGUUCGUGCGCUACCGCCACCGGUCGGGCGCGGAAUUCGCGUUCCAGGCCAUGUCGAACAACCACCUGGACCACGAGGAGAAUCUCAACAUUCGCUGGGCCCACGACGACCCGAACCCC